CGCUGCAGCAGGUUUCAGGAAGAGAUCAGCACCUGACUCUGACUGAUUCAUAGCAAAGUGCACAAACCCAAGGACUGCUCUGCUCCACGUCAGACGCAAACAUGAGCAUCAACUCUCCAGGACGGGUCCUCUCUGAGGAACAGUUCACCUGUUCCAUCUGUCUGGAGGUGUUCGUGGAGCCUGUCUCUACACCAUGUGGCCACAGCUUCUGCAAGGCCUGCCUGCAGGGCUACUGGAACCACAGCAAGAAGUUCUCUUGCCCCAUGUGCAAGAAAAACUACACCAAAAAACCCGAGAUGAGCGUCAACCGGGUCUUGGCUGAAAUAUCUUCCCAGUUCCAGGGGCUGAUGGUGGCAGGAGGAGGAGCCGAGGGGAUGACAAUGCGUGGAUCCACGCUGAAUCUGGCCUCAGAUACAAGCCACAGUGGCUCUUCGGGGGUGGAUACUGGGGAGUUCGCCCGGCCUGGGGAGGUGCCCUGUGAUGCUUGUAUUGGAAGGAAGUUAAAGGCACUGAAAUCCUGUGUGAACUGCCCCGGGUCAUACUGUGAGACCCAUCUCAGGCAUCACAAAAAGGUCAAGUCACUAACGUCUCAUCGUCUGAUUGAACCCACUUUCAACCUGGAGGAGAAGAUCUGCAAGAAGCACGAACGUCUCCUGGACGCGUACUGCCGCACCGACCACACCUGCAUCUGCACCGCCUGCGCCGAGGCCACGCACAAGUCCCACGACAUCGUCUCCAUCGACCACGAGUAUAAGAAGAGGAUGGGAAGUCUGGGAAAGAAGAGGUCAGAGCUGAAACAUUUGAUCAAAGAGAGAUCCAAGAAACUGGAGGAGAUCAAACAGUCCAUCAAGGUCAUCAAGACCAGCUCUCAGAGGGAGCUGGAGGAGAGCUGGCAGGUGUACGCUGAGCUGCAGCGCCUGGUGGAGCAGAGUCAGGCGGAGCUGGUGGAGCUGAUCGCCAUGAGGCAGCGCGAGGCCGAGCGUCACGCACAGGAGCUGGCCAGAGGUUUGGAGAACGAACUGAGCCAGCUGAAGAAGAGGAGCAACGAGCUGGAGGCCUGCGCACACGCUCAGGACAAAGUGGCUUUUCUUCAGAGCCUGGCAACGCUGUCACCCCCGCCCGAGCCCACUGACUGGUCCACGGUCAGCAUCAACACGGACCUCUAUCUGGGAACCAUCCGCUCCUCUGUCAGCAACCUCAUCGACAAGUGCCAGGAGGAGCUUAAAAAACUAUACGGGAAAGAGCUCCGGAAGGUCCAGAACUACUCGAGUGAGGUGAUCUUGGAUCCUGCCACUGCCCAGAGACAUCUGUCUGUGUCUGAUGACGGUCGGCAGGUGAGAUAUGAAGAGCAUAAGGCCACCCAAAACGAGGGCCCGAAGCGCUUCAGCCCAGCCCUCUUCAUCCUGGGCCGGGAGGCUCUGAGGUCCGGGCGACACUAUUGGGAGGUGGACGUGGGGCGCAAGACGGCCUGGACGCUUGGCGUUACCCGUGCUUCAGCCCGACGCAAGGGUGAGAUCAAGCUAAACCCCGAGGGAGGAUACUGGUGCCUGUGGCUGAAGAACGGGGAGGUCAAAGCUCUGGCAGCGUCCCGCCUCCCACUAAUUCUGACGUCCCAACCCAGUAAAGUGGGGAUCUUCCUGGAUUACGAAGCAGGCCAGAUUUCUUUCUACGACGUGAAGGCGCGCCUGCAUCUCUAUACUUUUACAGAUAGCUUCAAGGAGAGUCUGUAUCCAAUCUUCAGCCCCUGUCUCACACAGGAUGGGAAAAACACCUCUCCUCUCAUUAUAUCCCCUGUUAAACACAGCUGAGGCAGCCAGGUUAUCACAUCUCCUGUCUCAUUAAAUAACCAGCCAUUUUGCACCCUCUACAACACUUUCUCAUACUACUAAUACUAUUAUAUUUGCCGAAGGAAAAACUGUAUUGACUGAGCUCAUGUAUUAAAACCAAGUGAAUCACACUGGAAUCUUAUUUUCUUUGAUUAUUUUCUUAGACAAACAAGAAAGCUUUUUCAGUCCAUGUUAAAGUAAUAGUGAAAGUGAAGCUAUACUUCUUGCACUUUCACACUGUGUUGAGGCUUUAUAUUUAACUGCAGCUAUAAUGCUUUCUCGACUUUCCAUAUUAAAGCAGUGACGUUAAUAGAUGUAAAUGUUCACAUUUGCGAAAGUAUAGAUUUUUUGUACAGUAUGUGUCUGAAGAAAAAAAUAAAAUGGUUUUACGGGC